CGUCAAACAUCCACCGGCUCACCAACACCAGCUUACCGGGAUACACGCACGAUGCGUGUGUCCUCGUGCAUUGAUCAAUCACGAAUGACGCGCAUAGGACGAUCUGCUCGCCAGGUAUAUAAAGGUAUCCACCAAAAAGCAGAAGCAUCAUUCAGUCUUAGUUCAUCGUUCGAGCUGAUCUCGAAAUCUACUCAAACAAUCAACAUGAAGUGCUAUAUUGCUGUCGCCCUUUUGGCUCUCUUCGCCGUUGCCUUCGCAGCCGAGCAACCCAAUGAGCCCGAAAAGAUCGAGCCGGUGGUGAGCGCAGAAGCUCAGGAAGCACCAAGGGACAAGAGAGGUCUACUGUUGAGCUACACUGCUCCAGUUGCAUACUCCCCGUAUGCAGCACCUAUCGCAUACAGCGCUAGCUACAGCGUGCCCUAUGCCUACCGUACCUACCCCUACUACUACAGCUCCUACUAUCUGGGUUAAUUCGAAUCAAUCGAAAAAUGUUUCGAGGCUUCUGAGACUUGGAAACUGAUCAUGGCAAUCGAAGGGACUUGUAUUCCAUAAUAGUUUAAGUAACCGCAGAACACACCCACCCUAGUUAAUUGAAAUUCUAAGGCGUUAACAUUUAUCGCAACCAACUUUGUACACGCGUAUAUUUCGAUACCACGUUAUAUUGUAAAUAAGAAAAUGUUAAAUACACGAAUUAAUUAAGUUUAAA